AUGACACGCAUCUACACAACCAUCGUUCCCCUCCUCUCCGUCCUCCUCUCCCUCCUCCCCGCUCAAGCCCAAGCCUACAAGCCCUCAAGAGCACCCGCCUCCAAAGAUGCCGUUCUCCUCAGCGCCAUCCAAUCCUUAACCUUCCACUCGAACCGCAAAACAACCCACCGCCGCCUCCCCGCCGUCGAACAACUAACCUGCAUCGGGCCAUCGAAGAAGAUAUGCGCCCUCUACACCCCAGAUACCAUGCGCUGUGUGAAUCAAGGACAUGACUACGACGUGAAUGACGUGCAGUGGACGUGCACGGCGCACUUGCCGCCGGAGUUUAGGCUGGGGAGCACGGAUGUGGUCUGUGAAGGCUACCGGGAUAAGGAGGAUCCGUGGGUGUUGAAAGGGAGUUGUGGGGUGGAAUACCGGUUGCUGUUGACGGAGAGGGGGGAGCAAAAGUACGGGGAACUCGUUGGUGGGUACGGGAAUCUGGCGGAGCUCGGCAGAGGAGAGGCGGCCGACCAUGGUGGGGCUGGGGAGGUGGAUGGGGCCCUGGAGGCGGUGGAGGCGGAGGAUGGGGAGGAUGGGGAGGAUGGGGAGGAUGGGGAGGAUGGAAUGAUCCGCCACCUCCAUAUGAAUAUUCGGGAUUUAGGAAGAUGCCGUCGUGGACGCCUGGGUUUUGGACUGGUGCAGCGGCGGGGAGCGCGGCGGCAUAUGCUCUGGGCAGGCGGGUUUGUCCCCGCUGCGCUCCCAAGCAUUCUCCCUCAAGCUAAGCCUAUCACCAUAGAUCAGACCCAAGCUCCACCGCCCGCGUUGGCGCAGUCCUCUCUCUCUUUUACACAAGGCCUCCUUGUUGGCCAACUGUCCGUUGUCCUACUGAUCGGAGCCUUCAUCAAAUUCUUCAUAUUCGGCGAAGCUCCUCCACCUCCGUCCCGGAGCGGUCUGUACAAUCAUUUUAGUCCGCGAACACUAAGAGAAAAGCCCUCAACGUCCAACAUACUCCGGCCUGUUCCCUCGUCCUCCACGAACACCCGCUCCAUCCUUCGAAAGACAUAUUACAGUGCCACGCCUACAAAUCCUACUUCUAAACAUGGUCGAUCACGCGUCCACCAUUCCUCUCAUCAGCCAGAAUCUCUGGACUGGUUUAAUGUUCUCAUUGCACAGACCAUCGCCCGAUAUCGACAGACGGCAUAUAUCCUCAAGGACUCGCCCACGUCGUCCAUCCUGGCCUCUCUCUCUGAAGCGCUAAACAAUCCAGAAAAGAAACCUUCCUUCAUAGACACCAUCAAGGUAACAGACAUAUCGCUUGGCGAGGAGUUUCCCAUCUUCAGCAAUUGCCGCGUGAUCGCCGUCGAAGAUCCAAACUCCGACGGCGGCCGCCUCCAGGCACUCAUGGACGUCGACCUAAGUGAUGACAACCUUUCUCUGGCCGUCGAAACCUCCCUCCUCCUAAACUACCCAAAGCCUUUCUCCGCCGUCCUCCCCGUCGCCCUCGCCGUCUCUGUCGUCCGCUUCUCUGGUACAUUAUGCAUCUCCUUCGUCCCCGGCCCCGGUACCUCAGAUCAAACAAUGGGCCCAUCCGCUUCUCCACCGAACCAAAGCACCAGCACCGAAACUGUCUCCACCCACGAUCAAACUUCCGAAGGGCAGAGCACUCAACGGCAUACUUUUCACCAACACAAGCCUACUAAUUCCACCCCGACCGCUGCCACCGCCGACGACGCACACACCAAGCAUGCGCAUGGCAUCCCUAAAACAAGCCUCGCCUUCUCUUUUCUACCAGACUACCGCCUCGACCUCUCCGUGCGCUCGCUCAUCGGCUCUCGCAGCCGCCUGCAAGAUGUGCCCAAGGUAGCACAACUCGUCGAGGCGCGCAUGCAGGCAUGCGGUUCGCGUUUUCGUUUCUAA